AUGUCUUCAACACCGUCUUCGCAGCAAAAAAUAAAUUCAUCGAAUCAUGUUACUGCUGGAACAUUACGAAUUAAUGAAAAAAGCUAUUUUGACAAACUCAAAGCCAAACAUAAAAAUGUUCAAUCAAAAAUUACCGAUAUAUCCAAGACUUACUAUUGUCAAACGGGAAUUUUGACACCUUUUGAUCUAUUUGAACAUGCACUUUAUAUUAUUCUUCAUUUAUCAAAUGAAGGUGAAACUGCUGUGAUAGAUGCCUGUCGACAACUGCCAAAACUUAAAUCAUCACUGAUUCAAUCAAACCCUAAUUGUAGAUUAGAAACAACCUUAGGAAUUGGAUACUCAAAAACUCGUGAAUGGCUUGCAAGAGCAAAUAUUCCUUUUCCAAAAUCUUUUAUAGAAUUUCAGAGAAAAGAAGGUCCUACAGGGAAAACAAUGCCAAGUACAGGAGGAGACCUACUUCUUCAUAUUAGAAGUAAUCGAAAAGAUCUCUGUUUUGAAAUAGGUCGACGAUUUUAUCAAUCCAUUCCUGAUACAUGCAUUGCUCAAUUAGAUGAUACUUUUGGCUAUGCAUAUAUGAGCUCGAAAACAAAUGGACUCUCGCAAGAUUUCAUAGGCUUUGAAGAUGGCAAUGAAAAUCCGAAUGGCAAUGAACAGAGAGCAAAAGCUGCACUUAUAGGAAAAGAAGAAGAUGAGAUGAUACAUGUCGGAGGAUCUUUUGCGUUGACACAAAAAUGGAAAGACAAUUUGAUUAAAUGGAAUGGAAUACCACAAGACGAACAAGAAGCUGUAGUUGGAAGAACGAAAGGUGAAGAUAGUAAAAAGAUAAGACCAAAGCAACGAACAUCUCAUGUUGCUCGAACAGAUCUUAAAGAGAAUGGUGUAGAUAUUAAAGUAGUUCGACAAUCACUGCCAUAUGGAGAUUUAAAAGAACAUGGUCUAUUCUUUAUUUCAUAUGCUUCCGAUACUAAAAAACAUGAAAAACAGCUCGAUAGCAUGGUUGGCAUGGACGAUAACAUAUAUGAUCGAAUUAUGGACUUUUCAACGCCAAUCACAGGAAAUUACUGGUUUAUUCCUUCAUUAAAUGUUCUUGAAAAGAUUUUUCAAUAA